AUGGAAGGCUUGGCCAUCUUGGCCUGCCGCGCCGACGUCGACGCGUUCCUCGCCUCGCUCGGCGUCGACCCGGGCGAGCUCGCCGGCCUUGAGCUCCCCGCCACCGUCGACGUCAUGCGCGAGCGCGUCGAGUUCCUGCAGUCCCUCGGCCUCUCCAACGAAGGCCUCGCCGCGUACCCGCUCGCCCUGGGCUGCAGCGUCCGCAAGAACAUGGUCCCCGUCCUCGACUACCUCGGCAAGCUCGGCGUCCGCCAGGACGCGCUCCCGGACCUGCUCCGCCGCUACCCGCAGGUGCUCCACGCCAGCGUCGUCGUCGACCUUGCCCCCGUUGUCAAGUACCUCCAGGUCAUGGACGUCAGGCCGCACGAAGUGCCGCGGGUGCUCGAGCGCGUCGAGUUCCUGCACUCCCUCGGCCUCUCCGCACGAUGUGACGAUGGAGGGGAUAUCUCCCCCCGCUGGCUGCGUGCCACUCCUGCCCCCGCCGCUCGCGACUCCUCCCCCUGCCGGCCGCGCGCAGCUACUGCCCCCGCCGCCCGCGGCUCCUCCCCCCGCCGCUCCUCGGCCAGCCGCGCGCCGCUCCUGCCCCCGCCGCCCGUGGCUCCUCCCCCCGCCGGCCACGCGCCGCUCCCUCCCCCCGCCAGAUUAGGAAGGCAGGUUGCGUCUAACUUUCCCUUUCCAGCCCUCUUCGUCUCCGGUGUCUCCGCCUCGGAAAAACUCCGCAAAACCCUCACUCACUCACUCCACGGCGGGGGUCACCUCACCAGUCACCACCCGCAAUGGAGGAAGGCGACGGCGUCGUCAUGCCCUCCCCUGCUCCCACCUCGCCGCCGUCGCCUCCACCGCCACCGCCACCGCCACCGCGACCUUCCGCACCCGCAGCUACGGGAGGCGUCGCCGGCCGCGUCGGCGACUCGCCUUCAUCGCCGCUCGAAUCGGGACCGCUCCUCCCCGCCUCCAAGUCCGAGCUCCUUCGUCUCCCCCACCUCCCCGACGCCGGGAGCCGCAGGCGUCCCCGUCUCGCCGUCGACAUGUCCGACGCAGCCGGCACCAACGGUCGUGUCAUCCCCUUCCGCGGCUUCUCGGGAAGGCCACGUCUCAGCUGUCACUCCGCCUCCCGGAAGCCCGCAGCCGCAGAAGGCCCUCCCUCUCCAACGCCGCCCUCGCCCGGCCGUGGAAAGGGACGCCAUCGGCGAUGCCAACUCGCCGUCGCUGCCCUCCUUGCCGCCUCGGAGCCGCUCCACCUCCCCUCCCUCCCCAACGCUGCCCUCGCCCGUGGUAGGGGACACCAUCGGCGGCGCCAGCUCGCCGUCGCUGCCCUCCUCGGAGGUUCGGGAGCGCUCCACCUCGCCGCCUCGGAGCCGCUCAACCUCGCCGCCUCGGAGCUGCUCCACCUCCCCUCCCUCCCCAAUGCCGUCGCUAUUCUCGGUGGUUCGGGAGAGCUCCUCCACCUCUCCCGCCUCUUCAUCUCCCACAGCCCCUCCUACCGGAGCUCCAUUCAAUCCAACAAUUGACUUGAAGGCAAACAACACCAAGAUGUCUGCUAUGGAGAGGGAGGAAAAAGGGAAGAGGAGGAAUAUAUGUGAGGGUGCUGAGGCGAUGUUCAAACUUGAGGCUGUAUUGAAGGAAGAAGAGGAGGUGAGAGUGAGACACUCAGUACAGAAGCUUCUUAGGCUGUGUUUAGUUCAGCGCAAAGUUUGGAUUUUGGUUGAAAUUGGAGAUGAUGUGACUGAAAAGUUGUGUGUGUAUGACAUGUUGAUGUGAUGGAAAAGGACUGAAGUUUGGAUUCAAACUUUGGAUCUAAACACAGCCUUAAUGAACAAGCAGCAUCUAUGGAUAGAAUUCAGGAUCUGUUGAAGCAAGAAGAGCAGUUAAAGCAGUCACUACAGGAGCUUUUUGAGGCACAUGCAACAGUUAAGGCUAGAAUUGAUAAGGUUCAUACUCAGGUUGAGAAAGAUGAGGAAGAAUUAGAGAAAUUACGUCUGGUCGAGAGACAAGCCAUGUCCCGAGCUGACAAAAUCCGCCGUGAUGCUGAGAUUGCCAAAGCAAAUGCCAAUGAAUUCGAAAAGAAAGCCAACCAGCUCCAAAUAAUAGCAGACAUUGAAACGGAGAGAGAGCAAUCUGCAAAAAAGAAAGAGCAAGCUGCACAUGAUAGACUUCGUGAUGCAAGUACAGCAAGAAUUGUGGCCAUAGAUCACACUAAGUGCAUUAAUGGUAGAAGUAAAGAUAUUGAAGAUUGGACUGAAGCUAUUGAGGAGCGCCAGAAAAGACUUGAAGAGGAGAAGAACCGGUGCAAAAGGUUGAUUAGUAUAUUUUGGGCACUUGGAAUAGUACACUUUUGCUUGUUUUGGGUGAAGUUUGGGCUGAAAAAGCACGAGAAAGAACUGGGAUCUUCAGUAGGCUGGAUCGAGGGAUUCUGUUAUGUGCUUGUGUUGUCCCUUUUCGUUUUUUGCAAGUCCUUCAUUGACACUCGUUUGAAGUUCAAGCCAGACCGAAGGGCAGAAUGGGCUUCUGUGACAUUACAUGCGUUAUCCCGUUUUAUUUUUGAGGGUAUAUUAAAUACCGCUAUGGGAGAAUGUACAGGAUGUACCGUUGCAUUGGUGGUAGCUCACUUAUGCGCUUUUGGCGUUGAAGUGAUAGGUGCAAUGAUAUUUCAACUGAAAUUUAAAAUUGGAUCCUCAUUUGAAUCAUUUGAUGUAUGAGCAUGGAAGUGGGAAGAAAGUUGCUGAAGGGCUCUACUGUUGAUCAUGCAUUAUAUCUUAAGGAUGAAGAGGAGGGUUAUUGAUGAAUUCAAGUUUUGGGAUGCAUGGUGUCGAUUCUUCAGUUCUGGGAGGGAUAUUCUGAAGCUACAUGAUAUUUGAGCAUGAUGCAAUUUUGUUCGGAGAUCUUCAGCCUCGCAGACUGCUAGCUCCUAUUAAAAAACUAAAUAGAACCUUUGUCUUGUAUGACAGCUUCUGUCGCCUGCCUGGGUGUUAGGCGGUUGGAUCCAAUCAGAACACAGUUGCUAGCUGUGAAUGUCAAAAAAAUGAUUUAAACUUUUUUAUUUAGGAAUUGGAGAUUUGGGGGCAUCUCCACUGGUUAUCUGCAUGCAGGUGCCUGGAGAAUUGAAGAUCGAUCGGGCCGCCGCC